AUGUUUGUUUACUCGCAAGUGUGCGGUAGUAGUUCUUAUCAGCAACAAUAUUCCGUCCUGGGUGAUGCUGACAAUGCGUUACCACGACCCAGUAUAAUGGGUGCUAAUCGUUUAAUAUUUUUUCUGUGCUUGUAUCGAACAGUUCCAUGCAUGGAUGUUGCAAAGAAUAAUGGUAAUGAUGGAGAAGCAGCAAGUGAAAAUCGUACAAAUGUGGGAAAUCAUGAUAACAAAGAAAGAAACACUGAUGACUGGGAUAUCGGACUGAAAUAUCUCGAUUCACUGGUGCAAAAAACAAUCGAUAACGUUUCCGCCAUUAGUGACGUGAGAGGACAAGAGCAGAGACAGCAAUAUAUUGCAGAUCUUCGUGACAAAUAUGCAAGUAUCGUUGAUCAGUCCACCAAAAAAAUCAUCUUGCAGGAAGAAAGUGAACAGAAUUGCUUCAGUAAUGAUUCCCGGGGAAAGGAAAGACCGGAGGAGAGAAGAUUUAAUCGGACGAUCGCGUGGUUCAGACAUACCGCACUGAGACGACUUCUCUUGAAUGCGGCCACCAAAUGCAUCUUCAACGGCACUGAAAUCCCGAUAAACGUUGAACGACGAGCAAACGAUCUCUACCUCUGGGCUGUUAUUCCACAGCAAGGCCACAAUUCAUCAAAUGAUUUAAAAUUAAUGAACAGAAAUAGGGAAUUUUCGAACACACAGCAUUGA